AUGGUAGGCGUUUUCCGCCGCUCUCUUUCCUUCCCAAACAAACCAAAUACCAACCGUCCGUCCAAACCUAGCUUGGCUCGUCACACCAGAUCUGUAAGUCUUCCAUGCAGAUCGCACCCAUUGAUCUCUCAGCUCAAGGACCACAUCUCCGAGCUCCAAUCAUGGUCCUCCAAGUGUGAUUCCUCCUCCGCUUGGCUCGUCGACGGCCUGACCCGCCUGACGGAGUUGCACCACUGCCUUGACGACACUCUUCAGCUUCCACAGACCCAAGAAGCCCUCCGCCGCCAGCCACACUACUCAUCCAUCGAGAACCUUCUAGAACAGUUCCUCCGCUUCGUCGACGUGUACGGCAUCUGCCGGAGCUCCGUUUUGGCUCUCAAGGAGGAGCACUCGGCGGCUCAAGUGGCUAUGAGGAAGAGAGACGAGUCUAAGAUUGCCUUGUACGUGAAAGCCCGAAAGAGAAUGGCCAUAGAAAUGUCUAAGAUCGUGAACGAAGUUCGCUUCUGUAAUAGGUCAUCUGAGUCUGUCUCUCCUAACAGUGUUAACGUCGGAGAUGUUGAGCUCGCCGCCGUUGUGAGCGACGUCGUUCAGGUGACGGUGACGGUGUCUGUUUCACUCUUUAACGGAAUUGCAUUGUCAUUUGGGCCGCGAAAAUCAAUCACGUGGAUGAAUAUGGGGAUGGUGAAGAAAGGCAAGGUUGAUAAUCAGGAUCAAGGGAUUCAUGAGUUUGAACAAGUUGGGAUUAAGAGCUUGUUGGGUUUGAGGAGGAAAGGAGAUGAAGAGGUCAAGAUGACUUUGAAGAAAAUGCGAGAAUUGGAGACCUCCAUUGAAGGAAUUGAAACUUGCACUGAAAGAGUUUUUAGGGGUUUGAUUAACGCAAGGGUUGCGCUGCUCAACACUCUUACUAGCUAA